AUGCGUUACCCUCGUCCGCAGUUCACUAAUGGUGGAUUUGUCCAUCUAAAAGAAGACGAUUUCCGUCUCAACAGGUUCAAUAGCAGGAUGCGAUUGCAAUCGACGUCGUCGGGUCUUCGCAUGCUGUUCGCAUCACGAAAAGGUGCCCUUGAUGCCUUCGAAGUUGCUAAGCCGGCAAUGAGUCACACCUUUGCUAAACUUCUUCAUUGCUUCUCUAAAAUCAUCGGAGAAUCUGAGUUAGUCCUGUACUGCGCAUUCAUGAUGCUGGAAUUCCACAUUGCGGAUAAGCAGAGAGCAACGGACAACGCAUUUUCGAGACAGUAUAUAUUUCAUCUGCUGAAGAUGUAUCCGACGCUAGUGAGGUUAGAAGUUGUGCGAUUAGGCCUUCCAAGGCUCUGGGGAUCUGGUCUGAAUGAAAACGCUGAGGAUGAGAUAGCAAGCUGUGAAUAUGACUAUUUUAGUGAGACCAGUGAUGAAAGCGAUUCAGAAACCACUGGUUCUUCAGUCAGAGAGGACGAUGAACUUUCAAUGCGAUACAGAUCUCCCAGUUCUUCUCAGGAAAGUGUUGUUGCAGCAGACCGAAUGUUGCCGCGCUCUACAGGAGAGCACCUUUCGUCGUUCCAACCGUCAAUCAGCGAGAAAAGAGAACUUCACAGCGCGCAAUACACGGUAAGAAAGAUGUCCUUUGCUAUUCUCCUCCCGUUUCUUUUGUAUAAUGUAUAA